AUGUCCGUCGACGAUGAAACAAGUGGGUGGCAACUUACUGAGUCAGACCCCGGUGUAUUCACUGAAUUGCUCAAAUCGUUGGGCGUACCCCUCAUCGUGGAUGACCUCUAUUCUCUGGAUUCCGACUCCUUAUCUGCGUUGCAACCCCUGCGAGCCUUGAUAUUUUUGUUUAAAUGGAUCCCGACAUCAUCAGACGGCACCACUCAGCGCGGUGGGACCGAUGAUCCAGACUUUGCAGGGUUCUUUGCGCAUCAGGUUGUCAACAACGCUUGCGCAACUCUUGCCGUUCUAAAUGCUUUGGGCAACAUUCCCUCGCUGCCCACCGGCCCACAACUUGCCGAAUUAUUGCAGUUUGCAAGAGGCUUAGACCCUCAGACUCGCGGCUUGGUCAUUACUAGUUCGGACUGGCUCAGGGAGAUGCACAACGCACUUUCCCCACCGAGCGCGUUUUCUUUGGAUGGCCUUGGCCUCCCCAAAAAGACGGAAGACGCUUACCAUUUUGUAGUGUACCUCCCUGCCAUGGGGGCUCUGUACGAGCUCGAUGGGCUAAAGCCUCACGCACUUCGGCACGGUGCUUUCGAUGAGUCCGGUGAAGGCUGGUUGAAAACUGCUAGAGAAGCCAUUGAGGUCCGCAUUAACACAUACCCCGUUGGUGCGCUGGAGUUUAGCCUUCUCGCUCUCCGUGAUGAUCCUUUGCCGUCGCUCCAAAGUCAACUAGAACAUUACCAAGCUACCGGAGACUCAGCCUCCGCUAGCGAAGUUUUUUCCAAAAUCUCGAACGAAAAUACAAAACGCGAGAGAUGGGCCUUUGAAAAUAGCUUACGCCGCCAUAACCAUGUCGGCCUGGUUCAAGCUCUUCUAUUGGCGCUCGCAAAGGGUGGCAAGCUGUCAGCUGCCGAAGAAGGCGCGAGGAAGGCCAUGAAAGAGCGGAUAGAACAACGAAAAACACGGGUGAAGACAUGGAUGAAGAUUAAAGCACAGCUCAGGGAGGCGGGGUCCUUUCCAGUUCGCGGACGCGAUAACGAUUCAAGGUCAUUCUGUAAUCCAGCCAGCUCAUCUCGAGUCAGAUGCAUGGAACUGCUCGCCUCUGCUACUGCUUGCUUCCUCUCGUAA